AUGGUGAACUAUGACGACCCAGCAGUGGUCGCGAGCGAUUACCUGGCGGUAAUCAAGCUACAACACGUAUUCUGCGGUCUCUACAUUUGGGAGUGGGCACGGACCUUGCCCUACGAGUUCAGUUUCUACACCGGGAAACGGCCGUGGAGGUGGACCUUGGCGCUAUACCUCACUUGUCGGUAUAGCAUCCUGGCUGCCGUGAUCAACUUACUCGUCGGGUUCAAUGCGUCACAACCCAUUCAUUGUCUCGUAUGGGUCAAGUUCGAGUUCCUGUUCCCUUACUUGGGCGUGCUCACCGCCUCUCUCCUCAUCGCUCUUCGCGCAGCCGCCAUAUGGCACUUUCAUCCCGCGAUGCUCACGCUCGCUGGCGUAUCACUACUCGCGCAGCUCGCGUUGCAGAUCCGGAGCAUCGUCAUUGCAAGCGCAUCGUGGGACAGCCAGAUGCAUGCGUGCACCCUGAAGGACGGCGUUCACGCGAGUCUACCUCUACUCUCUGCAACCUUUGGAGUGGAUGCAGUGCUACUCCUGCUUAUGCUGAUUGGCCUGGUACGGAGGAGAGAGGCGAGGAAGUUCGGGAUGUGGGCGUUCUUGAUGAAGCAAGGUUUGGUCUGGCUCAUAGUCGCUGCUGUGGCCGAGCUACCGACUGUUGUGUUGCUUGCCUUGAAUCUGAAUGACGCGCUGAACUUGCUAUUCCAAACGCCAGAGAUGAUCAUUCUUGCCAUCGCAGCAACGAACAUGUACCGCUCGCUAUCCGACUUCCUACACGUCGACGGAUCAAACCUACCAGCAAACAACGCAACAGUAGACUUCGCAAGGUCAUCCGGCUCAACUCGCGACCACCGCGCAAGUCGAGCGUUGAGCAUGCACACCUUGAACCACGAUAACAAGGUGCACGCGAUCCAAGUCUUCCGACCCGGCACCGAUCCAAUCUUCGAGGGAGAGGUGGAGGGGACGCCGUAUGGCAAGGUCUGA